AUGAGCUUUGGAGAAGCGUGCAUCUUCCUGAGGGGAGGGAAAAACAUUGAGAGAGGACUGGCAGAUGAUGAAAUAGAAGAGCUAAGAGAGGCAUUUGAUGAGUUUGACAAGGAUAAAGAUGGUCUGAUCAGCUGUAAAGACCUGGGGAACCUGAUGAGGACUAUGGGAUACAUGCCCACUGAGAUGGAGCUGAUAGAACUGAGCCAGAACAUCAACAUGAACCUGGGUGGUAGAGUGGACUUUGAGGAUUUUGUGGAGCUAAUGGCUCCAAAGCUCUUGGCAGAAACUGCUGGAAUGAUAGGAGUGAAAGAACUGAAAGACGCAUUCAAAGAGUUUGACAUAGAUGGAGAUGGCGAAAUCACGACGGAAGAGCUACGGCAUGCCAUGACCAAACUCCUGGGCGAGCAAAUGAGUCGAAAAGAGAUUGAUGCAGUGGUCAAAGAAGCUGAUGACAAUGGUGAUGGGACUGUGGACUUUGAGGAAUUUGUAAGAAUGAUGUCACGCCAGUGA